AUGGCAUCAUUCAUCCUCAUCGCGUCAAGGCGCAUAACCCUGGGGAUACUAUCGAGCUUGCUGAAUGUCCUGACGAAUCUCGGUGUCGUGGUGUGGGACUUGGGCUUGACCUUGUUCAAUCUACUAGCACCACUUAGACCAGCAAACUGUGUCGUGCCCGAAGGCCACCCAGGCGCAGGCGGGCGUUGGCCGGAGUACAUUGCACCCAAAGAGGGUGAUAGCAGGAGUGCGUGUCCUGCGUUGAACGCAAUGGCGAAUCAUGGCAUUCUCCCUCGGUCAGGACGUAACAUAUCCUUCCGCGAGAUGAACACGGCCAUCCGUUCGACAUACAACUACUCGCCGACUUUCUGCUUUUUUGUCCCGAACUACAUGGCUGGGUUGCUCGGUAAGAGCUAUUGGAAUGACACGCUCGACCUAGAGGACAUCAGCGUACAUAAUGGAAUUGAACAUGACGCUUCCUUGACACGUGAAGAUACCUAUAUUGAACCUGACCAAGGAAAGCCUUGCGAGCGUCUCAUUACGGAGCUCCUUGCUUCUGGAACAGGUCCGGGGGGUGAUAUUACCCCUGCCGAUCUGUCCCGAGCUCAAGGUAAACGACGUGUAGAGGCCAUGAAGACUAACGGCCAAUUCACGCUUUCAACCUUCCACAAGCUUUUUGGAAGCACGAAUGCGUCAAAUCUGCUAGCAACAUUCGAUGGAAAAGUGGAUGACCUCCGACCUUUCUUGCUUGAGGAACGCAUCCCGGAGGGCUGGCAGUCACGCAUACGGUAUUCAAAAGGCCUCACAAUUACCUCAUUCCAGAGUACGAUACUGAGGGUGGAAUUAGGGAUCGCGGAAAAGUGA